GCUGACAUCCAUCAUUCGCUUAGGACGUCACGAUGGAGGAGACUCCUGGAUCGCAACUGGCUGUCGCAUCGAGUCGCUUACCGCCAUAUCCCACGUCUGGGACGCUAGGAAUGUCAGACAGAUGUAUACCGCUGUCGGAGAAUACGGAUAGACCAGCACCCGAGGCAUCGCCCACGCCUCUGCGGCCUGAACCCGCACAGCACCUCCCCCAAGCGGAACACUCGCUUCGUCCUGGUGUCACGCGGGCUGGCCCUGCCGAUCCUGCACCGUCUGUCAACAGCGGUAUCGUGUCUCGUACGACCGACUCCGCCAAUCCAAAUCUUACCGGACCUCCGGCACAUGGAAUCGCCCAACCUUUCGUCCAAAAUUUCCUUCGCGGCGUCUUCCCGCCUCUGUCUGCGCCUGACAUCGUGCGUCGGUUCGUCGACGCUGGCAUCGUGGAACGCAUGGAUUUGGUCGCGUGCUCACAGCUUCCGGAGAGGGAUCAGCUAGAGAUGCUCCGCGCCGACCUAGGGCUGAAUAUCCUACACUCGAGGAUGGUGAGAGUGGCGUUAAGUCAGGUGUGAUAGUCGAGUAUGUGUGCUUUGUGUACUAUGAUUUUGGUCAAUUUGUAUAGCUCAGUCUUGGGGUAUCUAAUGUAUGAGUACGACUCGGAGAGCACGCUCAAAUUACAUUAUCAUCCAUGGGACUGUUUCGUCGUGCUCCCGCAGAAAAUGAAACUCCUCACUCGGCUGGACCCCGUAUACCGAGAAAAGCACACACUCCGUAGUUGCACUGGGCAUAACAAGCACGGAGUCACAUACCAUCGAAAUGGACAGCCCUGUAACUUC